AAAAUGCCCAGUCCCUGUCUCCGUAAUUUCAUUGUAAGACCUGGGUUGCUAAUGACGGAAACUGGACUAAUAUAAUAUACAAGCUGUCAUCAACAUGUUACAGGUUGGCAACGCCUGCCCACUGUUCCAUAAAAUGCCUCUUAUUAAAUGACAAUUCUGACGUGGCUUCCUCCUUCAUUAUACCAGCCCCACUUCCUCCACCCUCCCUAUAUAUGCCUUCCCAUCCUCUUUCUUCUCCAAGACUCCAACCCUUUAGCCCGGUAAUCCAAUUUUACUCCGAACCACAUGGGUAUUUGCAGUUCCUGCGAUGCCACCUCUGUGGCCACCGCUAAGCUUAUCCUCCAGGACGGGAGAUUAGAAGAAUUUUCUUACCCAGUCAAGGUUUCCUACGUUUUGCAGAAGAACCCCUCCUGCUUCAUCUGUAACUCCGAUGAAAUGGACUUUGACGACGUCGUUUCUGCUAUCCACGACGAUGAGGAGCUUCAACCUGGACAGCUCUAUUUCGCGCUGCCAUUGAGCAGGUUGAAGCAACCGCUUCAGGCGGAGGAGAUGGCCGCAUUGGCUGUCAAGGCGAGUUCCGCCCUCAUGAAGAGUGGCGGUGACAAAUGCCGGUGUCGCCGAAAGUCUCUAUCGCCGGUGAUGUUUGCCGGCGAGAAGGACUCGAAGUCGUCCGGGAGAGUGGCUCCCGGCGGUGGUGUUGAAGGCGGGUUGAGGAGAGGGAGGAACGGUGGCGGAAGAAGAAACUCUGCGCGCUUAUUGAGUUCCAUACCGGAAUAGAUGGGUAGUUUAGGAAAUGAGCGUAGUGGUAUUAUUGUAAAUAUGGUAACGGCCGGGGUUCAUCUUCUUUAGUUUGUUGGCUGCGAACCCUGUGAUUAGUGGCGACUGGCCGUGGGCAUUUCCCAUGGCGCCCGUUUACUUUUUCCAUCUUUUUGUUCCUUUUCUUGGCUGUCAUCCAUACGAGGGUUGUGUUACAAUUUUACCCCUACAUGGAUUUCUAAAUGAAAUUACAAUAAUAACCAAUAUUUGGAACGAUGGUAGCAUGACUGUAUGAGAUCCAUCCAAGAAGCUGCCUUCCCUUCCCCAU